AAAAAUCAACACGGAAAUCGAAGAUUCGGAAGAAUGUUGACGAUGAAGGUUGUGGUGAAUCUUCAGGUAUAGACGGAUUUCCCUCCAGACUUGAAUGACCUUGACCUGUAGAGAACAACAUGAACACGGAUCACACUGAGGGAAGUGAAGAUGGCAAAAAGCGAGAUCUUCUCGGUAAAAAACGAGACUCGAAGAAAGGGCAGAAAGACCAGGGCUACGUAAAGUUUGACGAGGAGGACUCGGAUACAUCUCAACUCACCACAGAGGAAUUCAAAAGUCCGUCAAAAGCCAAGAAAUCCAAGUCAUUUUUCAAAAAGCAGAAACCUAAGGAAGAAAAGAAAGACAAAGAAGGCAGGAAGGACGAAAAAGAGAAAGAAGGAAAGAGAGAAGAGAAAGAGGGAAAGAAGCACAAAAUAAAGGGAAAAAAGAAAUCCAAGCAUGAACCUCCCCCUCCUAGUGAGCCAGUGGAAGCUACCAAACCUAUUUUCGGUGUACCAUUGUCUGUUGCCGUGGAGAGGAGCCCAAGUCAUGAUGGGAUAGAACUGCCCCGACUCUUCAGGGAGUGUGUGGAUUACAUAGAAGAGCAUGGAUUAUCUUGUGAGGGGAUCUACAGAAUCUCGGGUGUGAAGUCUAAGAUCCAGAUGUUAAAGGACUGCUACAAUCGUGGGGCACCUGUUUACCUGGAGGAGCACGAACCUAACAUCAUCGCCAGUCUCCUUAAACAGUUCCUCCGAGAGCUCCCCGAACCUGUACUGACCAAAGCGCUCAUGUCAAAGUUUGAAGACGCGUCAGUGGUUCGUGGAGAGAUUGCAAGAUCUGAAGCGUUCCGAAAACUAAUUAACGAUCUACCUACAUGUAAUCGGCUUCUCCUGUCGUGGAUGAUUGUCCAUAUGACUCAUGUUAUACAAAGGGAGAAGGAAAACAAGAUGAGUUUACAGAACGUGUCUAUCGUCCUUAGUCCCACGAUGCAGAUCUCACACCGCGUUCUCAACGUACUGUUCCAGUCCGCAUCCAAACUGUUCUCAGACAUCGAGAUCAAAAAAUAUAAACCCCCGAUUAAGCCCACCACUUCCCGCUGGUCGUUAGAACUCCCAGAAUCCCUUGCUCUCAUGCAGGAAGAACUACAGAAGCAGGAGUCUCUACUGAACGCUCUCCACGCAGAGAUCAACGCCGGGUCAACGGACCAGGAGAAAGAGGAACAGUUGUGGGAGGUCCAGCGAAUCGUGACCCAGCUCAAACGGAAGAUCAAACAAGCCCAGAAACAAACAACAGAGAGAAAACUGAAGGAGGAGUCGAUCCCGCCCACUGUAACAGAAGAGGAAGAGCUAAAGCUUGAUCUACAGGUGCCAGUCAAACAGAAAGCCCCGCCCCCUCCUCAACAAGCCCCACGCACAGGGCAAGAGGUUCCAACUACAGCAGAAACAGAUCAACAAGAUGAUCAGCAGGUCCCGUCCCAGGAACCAGCAAAUCAAAAAGAGGCUUACAGAGAGUCCGAAGAGGCUGGUCAAUCCACAGCCAAUCAGAAAGAGGCUUACAAGCAGACGGAAGAGGCUGGUCAAACUUCAGCCAAUCAGGAGCAAGAAGAGGAAAUCACUGAAAAAGUUACAAUUGAUCAGAAAGAAGAAACCUGCCCUACUUCACAACCAGAGCAAGAAGCAGAGACAAAAGAAGUUGUGGAAGAAGAUGUUGUUGAUUCCCAAUCUGUGGAACCUGAGGAGAAUAAAGAAACUGUCACUGAAAUACAACAGGAAGUCAACCAAGAGGAAGAGAGUAUAGAACAAACAGAAAGAGGAAGUGGGGACCAAACAGGAAGUGAGGAAAUGGAAGUUACUGGAGAGGAAGUGGAUGUUGCCAAGCCACAGGAAGCAGGAAUGGCCCCACAACAAGAAGUUGAAGUGGUUAAGAAAACUGAAGAUCUAGGAUUUGACCAGUCUGCGGGGGUGGAUCCAGCUGGGGUGUCAGUCAAUCAGGAGGAUGAAUCUUCUGAUGAUCAAUUUGAAAACACAGCAGAGAAAAUUCUGGAGGCUGAGAGGGGCGUGGCUCAUAACUGGACAGAUGAGAGUGAGGCUGGUGUAACAGAUCAAGAGGAAGGCAGGUCACAGGUUAAAGGUCAACAGAGGUCAAUUGAAGGUCAGGAAGAGGAGUCAGGGCAGAGAGAAGGACAAACACUGGAUGAGGCAGAUGGGGAGAAACCAAUUGAUAUGUCAUUGCAGGGGGAAAGUGAUGAAGAUCAGGAGUUUGCUUACGAUGAUGAGAUGAUGAAGUUACUGGAAGAAGAACAAGCCCUUAUACUGGAGGAGGAGGAGCUUCUGGCUAUAGAACGAGAACUCAGGAAAAAGAUAGAGACGGAGCGUCACGAAGCGGAGAGACUGAAUCAGGAAAUCGACGAGCUGAAGUAUCUCAGACAGGACUCGGACGUAGACGAGUACAGCUCAGAGUCAGACAGCAGCUAUGAGAGCGAGGACGAAGAGGACCUACAGGAGAUACUGAAACAGCUGAUAGCUAGGAACGAGGAGCAGGAGAGAAAGAAUGCUGAGCUGUGCAGUAAAAUUCAUGAGGAGAGAAUGAUCUGUCUGGACGUCAAAGUACAGAUCAGGAUGUUACAACAAAAACAACUGGAGAGUUCACUUAGUAUACAGGCCAUACUGGGAUAGAGACAACAAACAACAAACAACAACAACAACAACAAACAACAACAACACAUAGCAACACAUACAGAUCCAGAUGUUACAAUAAAAACAACUGGAAAGUUCACUGACUAUACAAGCCAUACUGGGAUAGAGACAACAAAACAACAAACAACAUAUGAACAACACAUAACAACAACAACACAUUAACAACAACAACAACAGAAACAGCUGGAAAGUUCACUGAGUAUACAGGCCAUACUUGGAUAGAGACAACAAACAACACAUAAA